UCAGCACAUUUUAACUGAAGCAGGGUUUCAUGCGAUGUAAUCUGUGGACAUUUUAAAACCACCGUUUCUUGGCUGUCAAGGGAUAAAAGGACACAUGAAGGACGUGUUUGUUAUUUUUCAGAAAAAACACGAUUUGUCGUGUUGGUUGGAUAUUUGGGGAUUGCUUACAUUGGAGCUUGUAUAGACAUUCUCAUUCGAUGUAGGCUAUAACAUCGACUAGCGAUUCGUUUUACAUUCAGUCUGUAGCCAGAAACCAUAAUGAAAUUAAUAUUGCAAUGUUCCGACACAGAAAGCGUUUAGUUUAGUAGCCUAGCCUAGCCCACCUGUCGUGGUGGAAGAAUAUGUUUUCUUUUUGUCCUAUUCUCUGCUGAGUUCAAAGCCUAUUGCCCCACAGUGUCACGUGUGAGACAAAAUGUAGCCUGUAUGAUACAAUUUAGCACUGCCUGAACUUAUCGUGAGAAGCUAUUCUUUUUUUUUUUCUUGAGAAAUAUUUCUUAAUUCACGCUGCCAAAGUUGAGACACGCAUCUGUCCAUUCCCUUGUUAUGGUCUCCUGUGACUGCCCUUGAAUUCCUUUCUGCUUGGGCCUCGUAAGCGAUAGACAGAUGCAUCUCGGAGUUGAUGAACCCGUUCGGGAAUGUCAGUACAGUCAGGUCUGCACGCGAAAUUCAUCGCCAAUGGAGACGCCACAUAAGAAGAAGAUCCAUACAAGAAAGUGGCGAGUCUUUCCUGGACGGAACAAGUUCUACUGUGAUGGGAGGAUAAUGAUGGCAAAGCAGACUGGUGUCUUUUACCUUACUAUGGUUCUCAUCAUGGUCACAAGUGGACUCUUCUUCGCAUUUGACUGUCCGUUCCUGGCUUCAAACCUGACCCCGGCCAUCCCGGCCGUAGGAGGGGUGCUGUUCUUCUUCGUGAUGGGGAUGCUGCUGAGGGCCAGUUUCAGUGACCCUGGCGUUCUUCCCCGGGCCACCCCUGACGAGGCUGCAGACCUGGAGAGACAGAUAGAUGCGACUAACGGGCCCAGUGGGCCGGGCUACCGGCCUCCCCCCAGGACCAGGGAGGUGGUGAUUAACGGCCAGACGGUGAAGCUCAAGUACUGCUUCACCUGCAAGAUCUUCAGGCCCCCACGGGCUUCUCACUGCAGCCUGUGUGACAACUGUGUGGAUCGCUUUGACCACCACUGUCCAUGGGUGGGCAACUGUGUGGGCCGGCGGAACUACCGCUUCUUCUACCUCUUCAUCCUCUCGCUCUCCUUCCUCACCGUCUUCAUCUUCGCCUUUGUCAUCACCCACGUCAUCCUCCGGUCCAAUCGCACAGGCUUCCUGAGUGCCCUCAAAGACAGUCCUGCCAGCGUGCUGGAGGUGGUGGUUUGCUUCUUCUCCGUUUGGUCCAUUGUGGGCCUCUCGGGCUUCCAUACGUAUCUCAUCAGUUCCAACCAGACCACCAAUGAGGAUAUAAAGGGCUCGUGGUCGUCCAAGCGAGGGAAGAACAACUCCAACCCCUACAGCUAUGGCAACAUCUUCACCAACUGCUGCGCCGCACUCUGUGGCCCGCUGCCACCAAGUUUGAUUGACAGGAGAGGCUUCAUUCAGCCCGACACCCCACAGCCUGUCUGUCAGUCUAACGGGACCAGCAUAUACACCCCCACCCGGCUUUAUGCUCCAAUGUGUGACCAGCAUCAGUGCAUUCAGAGCACCAAAUUCGUUUUGCAGGCCGCCGCCACCCCGCUCCUCCUCCACAGCGAGCCCAUCGUCCUGCCGUCGGGCCGCCCGCUCGCGGGGAAGAGCUCCCUGGCGGGGCCGUGCGCCUCCCUGGCCCCGGGGCACCCCUCGCUCACCUCCCUCCCCUCCUCCGUGCCCAGCCUGACCUGCGCGGGCGAGCUGCUGGCGCUGCGAGACGGCGACCCCCACUGCCGCCACCACCACUUCGCCAGCCCCGACGAGACGCCCUCGCCGCCCUCGCCCCCGCACGCUAUGCCUUCCUCCGCGCCGUGCCCGGCCCACGGGCAUCAUCAUCAUCAGCACAUCCAUCCCGCCCAGCUGUACAACCCCGCCAGCCAGGACUCUCUGCACGAGGACUCGGUCAGGGGCCUGGUGAAGCUCAGCUCGGUGUGACCCGUCUCUGGACCCCCCCCCACUCCCCCCC